AUGAGAGUGAACAUCGCAGCGGAACUUGAGGUGGGGGAGCGCCAGGACCUUCCAGAGACCUUACCCAAACCCGUAGUUGGGAACUUGAUUUUGUUGAAGGCCCAUCGUUGCUUGUGCCCGAGUGAGCAGGAGAACUCUUCCUCUCCCACGUGGAGUCAACCAGAUCCCCCGUCCACUGUGGAGGCCAACGCAAUGGUGAGGUGGUCAGAUAUAUGCGGAUACCAGCAUGUCAAGACUAAGUUACAGGAAAUGAUUGAUCUUCACAGGAGUGAUCCUGAGAAACAUAAGCUGAAGGGGGUGUUGUUGUACGGUCCUCCAGGCUGCUCCAAGACUAUGUUUGUACGAGCUCUAGUACAUGAAACUGGCUUUACUUUCUUCCCACUCAAGUGUUCAGAUGUAUUAUCCAAGUACGUUGGUGAGACAGAGAAGUCGUUGAACAAGGUGUUCAGGAGAGCGAGCGAGGCAGCACCAGCCAUCAUCUUCAUGGAUGAGGUGGACACUUUGUGUGGUGAACGUGGAGGCAGUGGUGGUCUGUUCUCUGAGCUUCUCUCCCUCAUGACACACACACCAGAUGUUAUGGUUAUUGCUGCAACUAAUAGACCACAUGCAGUAGAUGAGGCUGUCCUGCAACCUGGUUGUCUGGAACAUGUAAUACAUAUUGACUUGCCAGAUUUUAACUCUCGAUGUGAGAUAUGGAAGGGUCUGCUGGAAGAUGUACCACUACAGGGCCAAGUGGAUGUGGAGAAGCUGAGUGAAGCAACACUUGGAUAUUCAGGAGCUGAGAUAACAGCCAUAUAUCAAGAAGCAGCACACAAUGUUAUCUCACAACUUUAUGAUGGCGACAGUGAUGCAACUCAAGAUAGUGUCACCAUCUCUGAGCAGCUACUAUUUAGAGUUAUUCAAACUACUCCUUCAAGAACUCCAUUAUCACUCCUGGAGUCAAUCAGACUUUUUACUGGCCAAAGACAUUAAAAUCCAGUGGUUUCCAAAACGAGUAUUCUACCGUAUUCCACCGAGGUGGGGUGGCCCAAAAAGAAAAACAAAAGUUUCUCUUUUUAACUUUAGUAAUGUAUACAGGAGAUGGGGUUACUAGCCCCUUGCUCCCAGCAUUUUAGUUGUCUCUUAUGACACACAUGGCUUAUGGAGGAAGAAUUCUAUUCCACUUCCCCAUGAAGAUAAGAAGAAAUAAACAAGAAUAAGAACUAGUAAGACAAUAGAAGAAAACCCAGAGGGGUUUGUAUAUAUAUGUAUGUACAUGCAUGUGUAGUGUGACCUAAGUGUAAGUUGAAGUAGUAAGACAUACCUGAAAUCUUCAUAUUUGUAAGACAGAAAAAGGACACUAGGAAUCCUACCAUCAUGUAAAACAAUUAUAGGCUUUUGUUUUACAUUCACUUUGCAGGAUGGUAGUACCUCCCUGGGUGGUUGCUAUUGACCAACCUACUAUCUAGGAAAGAUUUCAAGAUACAUGUUUAUUUUUAUAAAAUUAUGACAGUUUUCUUAACCCCUAAACAGUCCAAACGUAUAUAUACAUUCUUACAUGUAGCGCCCCAAACGUAAUUUUUUUUUUUUUUUUUUAACAAGUCGGCCGUCUUCCACCGAGGCAGGGUGACCCAAAAAGAAAGAAAAUCCCCAAAAAGAAAAUAUUUUCAUCAUCAUUCAACACUUUCACCUCACUCACACAUAAUCACUGUUUUUGCAGAGGUGCUCAGAACACAACAGUUUAGAAGCAUAUACGUAUAAAGAUACACAACAUAUCCCUCCUGGGCCUGGUCACAGACCAGGCCGCGGGGGCGUUGACCCCCGGAACUCUCUCGAGGUAAACUCCAGGUAAACUGCUAAUAUCCCGAACCCUUCCUUUAGAGUGCAGGCAUUGUACUUCCCAUUUCCAUGACUCAAGUCCGGCUAUAUAAAAAUAACCGGUUUCCCUGAAUUUUUUUUUUUUUUUUUUUUUCAACAAGUCGGCCGUCUCCCACCGAGGCAGGGUGACCCAAAAAAGAAAGAAAAUCCCCAAAAAGAAAAUACUUUCAUCAUCAUUCAACACUUUCACCACACUCGCACAUUAUCAGUGUUUUUGCAGAGGUGCUCAGAAUACAACAGUCUAGAAGCAUACACAUAUAAAGAUACACAACAUACCCCUCCAAACUGCCAAUAUCCCAAACCCUUCCUUUAAAGUGCAGGCAUUGUACUUCCCAUUUCCAGGACUCAAGUCCGACUAUAUGAAAAUAACCGGUUUCCCUGAAUCUCUUCACUAAAUAUUACCCUGCUCACACUCCAACAGAUCGUCAGGUCCCAAAUACCAUUCAUCUCCAUUCACUCCUAUCGAACAUGCUCAUGCACGCCUGCUGGAAGUCCAAGCCCCUCGCCCACAAAAACCUCCCUUACCCCUUCCUUCCAACCUUUUCGAGGACGACCCCCACCUCGCCUUCCUUCCCCUACAGAUUUAUACGCUCUCCAUGUCAUUCUACUUUGAUCCAUUCUCUCUAAAUGACCAAACCACCCUCAACAACCCCUCUUCAGCCCUCUGACUAAUACUUUUAUUAACUUCACACCUUCUCCUAAUUUCCACACUCCAAAUUUUCUGCAUAAUAUUUACACCACACAUUUCCCUUAGACAGGACAUCUCCACUGCCUCCAACCGCCUCCUCGCUGCUGCAUUCACAACCCAAGCUUCACACCCAUAUAAGAGUGUUGGUACUACUAUACUUUCAUACAUUCCCUUCUUUGCCUCCAUAGAUAAUGCUUUUUGUCUCCACAUAUACCUCAACGCACCACUCACCUUUUUUCCCUAAUCAAUUCUAUGAUUAACAUCAUCCUUUAUAAAUCUAUCCGCCGACACGUCAACUCCCAAGUACAGUGGUCCCUUAAUCGUCCGGCUUGAUAGUCGUCCUUUUCGGAAAUCGUCACGUUAUUCUCAUCCAAACAUUGGCUCGCAAAUGGUCGGUUUGCUUGCUAAUCGUCCUUCAUCCGGGACGCGUACUCACGCUCUGAGCUGCCUCGGCCUCCCUUUCCAGCCAGUGUGCCAUUGUUUACCAGUGAACGACGGUCCCCUCACUUGUUCAUAUGAAAUAUUUCAUAAUAUUCCAUUCAUUUUAGUGUAUGCAAGUGCUAAAUAAGCUACCAUGGCUCCAAAGAAAGCUCCUAGUGCCAAGCCUUUGGUAAAGAAAGUGAGAAAUAUGAUUGAAUUUAAGAAAAACGUCAUUGAACAAUAUGAAAGUGGCAUACGUGUGGCCGAACUGGCCAGCUGAGGAGCUGCAAGAGCUUCAGCAGGAACAGGAACAGAUCGCAGCUCAGAAUCUUGCUGCAGAGGAAGAGGAGGAUGAGAGAUGGAAGAAGGUGCCUUCUUCAGAAAUUAAGGAGAUUUUUGAAAUGUGGGGUAGGAUGGAAAGAUUUAUGGAGAAACAUCACCCUGAGAAGGAUGUUGCAAGCCAUAUCAGCAACUUGUACAGUGACAGAGUCUUGGACCAUUUUAGGGAAGUUUGAAAGGUCCAAGACUCUGUCACUGUACAAGCUGAAAGACAUGCCAGAAACAGAGCUUUCUGGACACUUUUUUUGUGAGACAGGACUCCAGUGACUCUGAAGCUGGUCCUAGUGGCAUUAAGAAACAGAAGAGAAGUAACCCCAGAAAAGCACUUGGUACCUGAGGUGUUGAUGGAAGGGGAUUCCCCUCCCAAACAGUAACUAAUCCAAUGUCUCUCCUCCUCCAGUCUUCCAUACUCUAAGAAGAAUCGCCAAUAAAGGUAAGUGUUAUGCUGUUAAUGUUUCAUUCAUCAUGUCCCAUUGUAUUGUUUAUGUACUACAUCUAUAUUUCAUGUAAAAAAAUUUUUUUGUUUUAAUACUUCUGGGUGUCAGGAACGGAUUAAUUGUAUAUACAUUAUUUCCUAUUGGGAAAAUUGAUUCGAAAAUCGUCUUUUUCGAUAAUCGACGCACUUCCAUGAACGGAUUAACGAUGAUAAAUGAGGGACCACUGUAUCUGAAAACAUUCACUUCUUCCAUACUCCUCCUCCCCAAUUUGAUAUCCAAUUUUUCUUUAUCUAAAUCAUUUGAUACCCUCAUCACCUUAAUCUUUUCUAUGUUCACUUUCAACUUUCUACCUUUACACACACUCCCAAACUCAUCCACUAACCUUUGCAAUUUUUCUUUAGAAUCUCCCAUAAGCACAGUAUCAUCAGCAAAAAGCAACUGUGUCAAUUCCCAUUUUGUAUUUUGUUCCCCAUAAUUUAAUCCCACCCCUCUCCCGAACACCCUAGCAUUUACUUCUUUUACAACCCCAUCUAUAAAUAUAUUAAACAACCAUGGUGACAUUACACAUCCCUGUCUAAGACCUACUUUUACCGGGAAGUAGUCUCCCUCUCUUCUACACACCCUAACCUGACACUCACUAUCCUCAUAAAAACUCUUUACAGCAUUUAGUAACUUACCACCUAUUCCUUAUACUUGCAACAUUUGCCACAUUGCUACUCUAUCCACUCUAUCAAAUGCCUUUUCUAAAUCCAUAAAUGCAAUGAAAACUUCCCUAUCUUUAUCUAAAUACUGUUCACAUAUAUGCUUCAAUGUAAACACUUGAUCUACGCAUCCCCUACCCACUCUGAAACCUCCUUGCUCAUCCACAAUCCUACAUUCUGUCUUACCUCUAAUUCUUUCAAUUAUAACCCUACUGUACACUUUUCCUAGUAUACUCAGUAAGUUUAUUCCUCUAUAAUUUUUACAAUCUCUUUUGUCCCCCUUCCCUUUAUAUAAAGGGACUAUACAUGCUCUCUGCCAGUCCCUAGGUACCUUCCCCUCUUUCAUACAUUUAUUAAACAAAAAUACCAACCACUCCAACACUAUACCCCCCCUGUUAUGCAGAAAAGUAGGAUAACUGGGGGCUUAAGCCUUGUCUAAGGGCAAAGGUAAAAGUUACACACAUCUCAAACAUAAACAGGCCACCCAGGGCUAUCCCAGUCAAAACAGAAAUUGCUAAACCAGUAUUUGUUACUUCAAUGGGUUGGUUAACAGAGGGUUAGGCAAAAUUCCUAGCUAGGAAAAUAUAUCUAUUUAUUCAACAUAACACUAUAUACACACUCUAGAAACACCUUUAUCCUAAAACGCCCAAAUGACGGUUCACAAGAAAUAGCUGGUUGGCAGUCCACUAACCAUAACACUCGCCCUAGUCAGCACCAGGCCGACUCUACUCCAAUACCAACCCCAUUUCUUAUUUCUUCACUCAUCCCACUGCACCCUGACCAUGUCAGAGCCCAGGUGGGCAUACAGGUAAGCCAUAGAAGAGCCUAUGGCUUGGGUUAGCUAAACAAAAGGAGUACACAACUGCAAACUUAGCUUAAAUACACAGCAUCUCCGACACCAGCCUCCACACCAUGCUGACUCCACGUGACUGCCCCAAGCCACACUUACCCCACGUACCCAAACACAGUUGGAAAAUAAAUCCCUAGCAGGAUUUCUUUAUGAUUAUAGUUUAACCUACUUUACAGUACCCCCAAAAGCACAUUAUGAAUUAUAAAAUUAUGCUUUACAACUAUAACAUUCAUACUAUUAUGACACCCUUCUCUACUGUAUAUACAUUACAGUGUCAUGUAGAAUCCUGCAUAACACCCCAGCUACUUUACCCCCUUUCAUUCUACGUAAUGCCUCAUGCACCUCUCCCACACUCACAUCCUGUUCUUCUUCACUCCUAAAAGAUGGUAUACCACCCUGGCCAGUGCAUGAAAUUAACGCUUCCCUUUCUUCAUUGACAUUUAAAAGUUCCUCAAAAUAUUCUCGCCAUCUACCCAAAACCUCCAUCUCCCCAUCUACCAACUCCCCUACUCUGUUUUUAACUGACAAAUCCAUUCGUUCUCUAGGCUUUCUUAACUUGUUUAACUCCAAAAUUUUUAUUUUCAUUAAAAUUUCUUGACAGUGCCUCUCCCACUCUAUCAUCUACUCUCCUUUGGCACUCUCUCACCACUCUCUUCACCUUUCUUUUACUCUCCAUAUACUCUACUCUUCUUAUAACACUUCUGCUUUGUAAAAACAUCUCAUAAGCUAACUUUUUCUCUUUUAUCACACUCUUUACUUCAUCAUUCCACCAAUCACUCGUCUUUCCUCCUGCACCCACCCUCAUAUAACCACAAACUUCUGCCCCACAUUCUAAUACUGCAUUUUUAAAACUAUUCCAACCCUCUUCAACCCCCCCCCCCUCCCCACCACUACUCAUACUUGCACCAGCCCACCUUUCUGCCAAUAGUUGCUUAUAUCUCACCCGAACUUCCUCCUCCCUUAGUUUAUACACUUUCACCUCCCUCUUGCUUGUUGUUGCCAUUUUCAUCUUUUCCCAUCUACCUCUUACUCUAACUGUAGCUACAACUAAAUAAUGAUCCGAUAUAUCAGUUGCCCCUCUAUAAACAUGUACAUCCUGGAGCCUACCCAUCAACCUUUUAUCCACCAAUACAUAAUCUAACAAACUACUUUCAUUACGUGCUGGAUAUACGUUUUAAUUUUCCUACCUCCAAAUUUGGCAUGAUUGCCCUGAGAUGCCUGGUCAGCAUAGAAUGGGUCUUAAUGCUUGGUGUACACUAUAUUAAAAAAUUCUGGGACCACUUAGUACCUUGUGGGAGCGCCAGUUAAAUUGAGCGCCAGCUGGAGCAAACAGUGCGACAAACACCAAGGAUUCACUGAUGUAAUGUCAUAUUAGCACUCCUCUUUUAAGAGGAAAGUGAUGUUAACCCCAAGUUUAGGGUCUGUCUACCUCUGUAUCUCUCUAUCUGUGUCUAUCUUUGUCUGUCUCAAUCACUGUCUCUAUCUCUAUGUCUAUCUGUCUCUGUCUAUCUGGCUCUGUCUAUCUCUGUCUCACAGGUACACAAAUACAUGUGUACAUAGUGUAAAUUACCUAGGAUAACCCAAAAAAUCCAGACAAAGUGCUAUACUCUGCUUGAAGAUGUGAGUAAAGGUGAUGGCGCAGUCUUGUGGCUCUCUCUGAGACAAAGAGCUAGAUGGAUAGACAGAUAGACAGGGAGCUUGACAGACAGACAAGUAGACAGACAGACAUGUUUGUGUACCAGCGAAAACAAAGCCAGGGCGAUGCUCUUCAAAUGUCACCUCUAAUCUUUUCUUAUCACUGCACACUCGCGUAUGCUCAUCAAACGUCAGCUCUUAUCAAAUGUUAUCUAAUCUUAUGUCACUGUCAGGGGUGGACUUUGCUUUUCAUGCUUCAAGGGAACUUAUUAUUACGUAU